CUGCAAAAGCUAUAAAUCCGUAAGGGCAGCAGAAACUGCAGUCACAAUACAUUGCAAGGGAGGUGAUGAUGGCAGCAGCAAUGGAUGCCAGUCGACAGUCAUACUUUAACUUUCAGCACCUCAUAAAGGGGCCAAGAAGCACCAAGGCAAAAGAUUGGAGCUUCCAAUGGCCAUUAAAGGGUUUCUUGAAGAAGUCCAUGCUUAUAAAUAGCUCAAGUUCUCAACUCAAGUCUUCUCCCUUGUCCUUUCAUGGGGGCAGCUAUGUGCACAAAACAGGGGGUUUUCAUGUUUUAUCUCCCAAUAUAUCAUCAGCAACAAGCACGGUAGUGGAGUUAAUUGAUGCUUGGGACGAUGAAUAUGAUGGGGUUGUUAUUAAUCCAGAGAGCUUACCUCUGAGCGUAAAUGCCUUCGCAUUCGCCCUUCGAGCCUCUUUGUCCAACUGGAAGUUGAAGGGGAAAAGGGGGGUAUGGCUCAAAAUACUACAAGGGCAAGCUGAUCUUGUUCCAAUUGCAAUUCAGGAGGGAUUCGAUUACCACCAUGCUGAAUCAGGAUAUGUUAUGUUAGUAUAUUGGAUUCCAAAUGAACCCUGCACGCUUCCUGCUAGCCCUUCACAUCAAAUAGGCGUUGCAGGAUUUGUGAUUAAUGACAAAAAACAGGUUCUUGUGGUGAAAGAAAAAUGUCCUUGCAGUUGCUCGGGCGUCUGGAAGUUGCCUACAGGUUAUAUCAACAAGUCUGAAGACAUAUUCGAUGGAGUUAUGAGGGAAGUGAAAGAAGAAACUGGGGUUGACACAAUUUUCCUGGAAAUGGUUGCUUUCAGACAUGCCCACCUUGUGGCUUUUGAGAAGUCGGAUUUGCUCUUCGUUUGCAUGCUUAAGCCUCUGUCCCAUGAAAUCACAAUCGAUGAGAAGGAAAUACAAGCUGCCAAGUGGAUGCCAAUCGAUGAAGUAAUAGGACAGCCAUUUUACGAGGAGGACCACAUGACAAAGAAAGUGAUAGACAUAGGCAUUGCAGCAUAUGAAGAUAGGUACAGAGGUUUCACGGCACAUCAACUGGCCUCUAAAUUGGACGGCAAAUUGUCUUACCUUUACUACCUUAACAAUAACGAUGCUUCCAAACAUUAUUAAUAUUAUAAUUAUGUAUAUAUAUAUAUAUUAAUACUAUGUUCAAACACAGC